GACUGGUUUGCGGACUAUGGUGAGUGCGCUCGUUGCUGUGGUCGGGCAGAUGUUGAGUAGCAUCUCCAGUUCGUGCGGGCACGUUGUCUACGCUCUCGCAGGGGUUGAAGCGAGGCGAGCUCGUCAUAGAAGAGGGUACUGAAACGCGCACUUUCGGUGUGCAUGAGCCUACGCACGCGCCUGUUCGCCUGACAAUCUAUCACCCCAACUUCUGGGUAAGGAUAUUCAUGUCGCACGACAUCGGCCUGGCCGAGGGCUACAUGCAUGGUGAUUGCGACAUUGACGACCUCAAGGGGUUUAUGAACCUCUGGCUUGACAACCGUGACGGGCUGAGCUCACUCGAGACCACCAUAUCUUCCCUCGUCAAUUACUACACGGCUAUGGCGAUACGAUCCAUGUAUCGACAGAACUUGGCCAUGGCCAGGCUUAAUGCUGCAGCUUCGUAUGACGUAUCGAACACCUUCAUGCAGUGCUUCCUUAGCGAGGAGAUGAUGUACUCUGCCGCGUUCUGGGGAGACGAAGAGAACGGCCCACGGGGAGAUCUGACCGUAGGGCCCUUCCCUAAUGAUCUCGAGAGCGCUCAGCAGCGCAAAAUCCAAAGUUACUUGAGACAAGCACGGCUACGCCCAGGAGACCGUCUGCUCGAGAUAGGGUCUGGAUGGGGCGCUAUGGCUAUCGCGGCCGGCAAGCUCGGGUGUAUUGUUGACUCCAUCACGCUCUCCAGCGAGCAGAAGCUUCUUGCGGACGAGCGGAUCGCCGCUGCAGGCCUCUCGGAUCGUGUGCAAAUUCAUUUGUGCGACUAUCGUCAGCUCCCGCCCUCAUUCAAGGGCGCGUUCGAUGCGUGCAUCAGCUGCGAAAUGAUAGAGGCCGUUGGACCGAAGAACUACAACUAUUACUUCAAAGUCAUUGAUUGGGCUCUGAAGCCGGACCGAGGGACUGCCGUCAUCUCGUCCACCACGCAGCCGGAACAUCGAUACACAGAGCUACAGGCUGAAGACUUUGCUCGUCGCUAUCACUGGCCGAACAACCACGCACCAAGCGCAACAAGCCUCGUCGUGGCAGUGCAGAAGGCCGUCAACGGCAGACUAGUUUUGCAUUCUGUCGAAGACCAUGGCAUUCUUUAUUGUCGAACCUUGAGGGAAUGGGGAAGGCGUUUCGAGAAGAAUUUCACGGGCGAGGCGCUCGAAACUAUGCAAGACAAGUAUCCGUAUCUACGGGAUCCGAAGAGCCUCGAAGUGUUCAAGCGCAAGUGGCGAUACCUAUUCGUGUACGCGGAAGUUGGGUAUGCACGAGCAUACACAUCUCUGCAUCGAUUCACGUUCUCACGGCCGGAGAACGCUUGUGAAGCUUGCGCGUGAAAGAUUGAUCGUGCCGUGGAGGUGAAUGGACGGGGGAGUAAGUCGAGCUUAGCAACGUAUUUCUCCAUUGCUGUGUGGUGCGUGAUGGUGCACGACUGAUGUAUGCAGUCGGCGAAGCUCCCACGAGAAUCGUAGCUGUUGGCAAAUCAAAUGUGUCUGUUUCCUGCUGUUGUCAACCGGUGUCAAAGUGGCCCAAAGCGGCGCUGAAAAGCCUUCACGGUGACUUCCGAGGUCAGGUCGGACCAUCAUGCUACGUGCCAUUGGAGCCGAAAACCGGUGUGGUCAGUCGCUGUCAGCGGCGGCAGAGUGGGACGCUCUGUCAGCACUCUGUGCAAGAGAUGAAUUGAGCGGG